UAGUAAAAUUUUAAUACCGAGCUAUUACAUUAAUUACAUACUGCACGAUAUUACUUGUCGAUACCACUUUGAUAGAGGCAUAUGUUAAUACCGCCUGGUAUUAUUUUAACAACCCAGAUAACAGGUCGCUAUGAAUUCGCUUAGAGAAUUCGCAGAGAAUGUCGCGUUAAAACAGAGAACUCGAAUUCUCUCAGAUUUCGUUAUUAUUCUCGUAUCGAAUUCGCAUCGAAUUCGGUAAUUAUUCGUACCUAAAUUCGAUAUUACGCUCAUUUCAGAAUUCGUAACGAAUUAGACUCGAAUUCUCAGAGAAUUCUUCUAUCGAAUUCGAAACGACUUCACUAUGAAUUCUUAAACGAAUUCGCUGUUAUUGUAGUUAGGAAUUCUCCCCGAUUUCGAUAGGAAUUCUUCUUACAGGAAUAGGAGACUAUAUACUGUUCGCCUUAAAUCUCGAAUUCGUAAAUAAUCCUUAGAGAAUUCACUAUGAUUUCUCUCUUUCACGCUGUUAUUAUAUUUUUAAGUAAUUUUAGCUGCCACAUUCAAAUCUUUCCUCAUGGGAAGGAGACGACUUUUUCAGUUGAGUGCUCGCCAAAAAAGAAGACUUGUAAAAAGACGCAGUGAAAUUUUUGAGGAAAAUUUAAAUAGUGACCUAGUCCAGGCCGAAGGGGAAAACAUUUAUUUAGAACAAGUGUUCGAAGAAGAUCUGGAAGAAAUUGAAGUCGGAAGUAACACGAGUGAAGGAAGUUCAACUGAAACAAUUAGCUCAGAAAUCGAAGAUGCGGUAGCAGCUCACCCUAGGACUCCAAAUUUUCCAGACGAGGGCACAGUUGACGAAGAAAUACACAAAUCUCUUAAGAACGUCGCAGAUAGAGUUGGGAAGCGUAUGAGGAAGUGACUUAACAUCGCGGCCAAUUUCACUACCAGGGUCAUCUGAUUAUUCAACUUAUGUUUAUUUUAAUGUAAACAGUUAUGUAUAUUACAUGAUAUUUAGAAUAAAUAACAUAAACUAUA